AACGAUACAUUGCAUGUUUGGGCCUCAUUACGGUCAUCCUUAAGACUUCCUCAAAUCUCCAGCAAAUUGUAGAAAUAUUCCCCAAUGAAAGAAUGACUCAACAUGCAAGAAAUGUUAUUGAUUGGCCAGCAGGGCUCUGCAUGCUUUCGGCAGGUAAAUACAAACACAGUGGACCCUCGGGCAACAUAAAAAUGACCUCAGCGGUCAAUUCGUGUCUCAUUGCACUUGCAUUAACGUGGGGUGCGGUUUUAAAGGUUCAAGUACGUCUCCAGCUGGCCAUUUUCACUCAGAAUGUUUCAAAAACAGUCUUUUUGACGGUAAUUUCGAAAUUUUCUAAGCAGGAAAUCAGUCAACCCGCCCAAGAUGGACUUUAGAAGAAAGCCAGACUAUGCGGACACGGCGUAUCGUGAAGCUGUUGGACGCUUGAGAAUUCUGAUGGCAGAAAGCUAUACACCGGUUAGAAGUAGAGUGUAUGGAACAAGAACAAUUCGCGAACUGGACAGUGCAGGCGAAGACACCGACAAUCAGUCGAUGAUAAGUGGAGGCAGCAGAAACUCCAGAUCGGGUAAAGCCUACUAUAGCUACAACUACACCCCAAUCCAGCCGCGAAAGUACCAAUACGCGCCCCUGAGAAGCAACAUUGGGACGCAAAGCGAAAAAAACAUCCCUCCAGAAGCCGCAAAGCACGAACCGCCCCAACCCGAACUGAUGUCCUUCAUUGAACGGCAAGAGGACUACAUUGAGCAGCUGGAAAAAGAGUCCAGAUUCUGCAAGGACGAAUUAUCAUCGCUGCUUUCCAAAGUCAAAGAAGUCAUCAGCGAAAACGAGCACUUGCACGAGAAACAAAAGUCCAAACUAAUCAAGUCGGUGUUCGAGCAUUUGGAGACUGAAACCGACACUGAAACUGAAUUCGUGCUGCAAGACAAAGGCAUAUCGAAGAAAAAACGAAUCAUUGAAGGCCCUUCGAUUGUCUUCGAAUCGCGCAUAUCCGAACUGGAGGCCCAACUAACCCAGGCCAGAAUCGAUCUGAGAAAAGCGCAAGAAGACAACGAUUCUCUUAGAAGGAAACAGUCCGAUGACUCACAUCAAGACAGCAACAGCUGCGAUAACUUCAAGCGGCAGCUGGACAACUGCAACAGGGACAAGGAGGAGUUACUGAACAAACUGAAAAGCCUGCAGGCAGCGCUUUCAGCGCUGCGCAACAAAGAGAACGACACGUGCGACCAAGCGAAGCGCAGCCUGGAUGUAGCUGAGCAGGCCCAGUACGAGAAAAGCGCCGCCGAGCUCGAAAUCAGACGCCUCAAAGACGAGCUGGAAAGGCAGCACUCCAAGCUACGCGAUUCCAUAGCCGAACAGGGCCGAAGAAUUGCCGAUGAGCGCUCAGCGGUUGAGCGCCGCUACACGCAGCAAAUAGAGCAGCUGACUACUGAGGUGGGGGUUCAAUGGGAGACGACCAACAAGCUCCAACUGGAGCUGGAUAAGCAGAGGCGCGAGGGCGCCGACUUGCGAAGAGAGUGCGUCCAAAAACAAGCUCUGAUCGACGAGCUGAAAAAGGAGAUGCAAAACAAAAUACUGAGCCUCCAAUCGGACAUCGGAGUGACUGGGGCGGAGAAGAGCGCCUUAGAACAGCAACUCUCCGCUCUAAACUUGGCCAAUGAGCGCACGGAACGACAGUACAAGCAGGAGAUCACGCGGCUGCAGGCCGAAAUUCAGUCUUUGCGCCAAAGAAUGGACAGGGCUGAUGCCGAUCUGAUACACAGCAGACGUGAGAAUAUUCGCCUGAAUGAGCAGAUUGCUUCGCUUGAAAAGGAGAUUAAUCUAAACGCCGCCCUCAGUGAAGAAAGGGCCAAAUCGACGACGCCCAGAACAGCAGAUAUUAUGGCCCUGCCUCCUCCCGCUCCUAAAAAGGACGACAGAGAGAAGGAACUGACCUCCAUGAUCCAGGACAUGGAAAACAAGCAUGCGGCCACUGUAGCCGAUCUAGAGCGUAUGAUCCACUCCCAAAAUCAACUCAUGGGCAAACUGUCGUCUGAGUGCCACGCCCUUACACGGAAACUCGAUGACGCUGGCCACAAACAUAAGGAGGAAAUACGGGAACUACAAACUAGCCUAGUUCGACUAAACAACAAAUUCAGCCAGGCACAAUAUAGCAAAACCAAUUCAAAAGAUGAAGAUCAAAGAACCGCACUUCCUUCUACCUCACCUCCGAAGAUGCGACGAUCCGAAAGCCGAUCGUCUUUAAAGCAGCGAAGUCGCACAUCUUCGCGGCAGGCCAGCCAGGAGAAACUGUCCCCGGCUUCCACAAGUCUUCAACAGUCGCCAAAAAAUGCACCUCAAGCGGCUAAUAAAGAGCCCAAAUCCCCCACUGAUCCUCAAACGGAGGAAAAAGGAAAAAAUCACCAGCAAGACCUGAGGGCGCGGUCCCAAGCACCUGAGCCCCUCCAACAGUAUACAGCUGAGGAACCAUAUGGCAUUAAUCAGGAAUACCCGCCUGAUCCUCAUCAGCAAUACUUAGAGGAUCCUAAUCAACAGUACCUAGCUGAUCCUCAUCAAGAAUACGCCGCGGAUCCGCAGUAUCAAUUCGACCCGAAUAUACAAUAUGACCCCAAUCAGCAAUACCAGGAGGAUUUACAGGGCAUGUACGACCCCAAUCAGCAAUACGACCCCAGCCAGUAUCAACCGUAUAAUGAAGACACUGAGCAACAACCAAACCAGUACCAAAGUUACCCUGACUCUAACACAGAAAAUCCGGCUAAUAGAGCGUCUUAAUUCGAGUGGAAAUGUUGAAAGUUGGGGAAAGCGGGGGUAAGGACUGAUGUGCAAUAUAUAUAUGUAGUAGUUCUAGUGAAUAGUAAAUCGCCCUUAUAUUUAAAUGCUUUCGAACGUUUAACAAUUUACUUGUAUCAUUAAAGUGUAAAAUAAAUACAUCAUUCGCCUACUA